UUCUUCUUCUUCACCGAUCGAGCGUGACCGCCGGCGGCCCCGAUGGAUCAAGCCGAGAGAUGUCGAUGGUCCGAUCUCCCGCCGGAGAUCGUCUCCAUGAUCGGCAAGCGGCUCCACACUCGCAUGGACGCCCUCCGGUUCCGCAGCGUCUUCUCCUCGUUCCGCUCCUCGAUCCCUUCGCCUCGCCGCGACGCCUCGCGAUUCCCUCUCCGAAUCCCUUGCUCCCGGAGCUCCCACUCCGUUUUCCUCCGCGGCAGCACGGUCUGCGUCCUCGAGACGCCGGAAAAAUCCUCCGGUUCGGGCGUCCCGAGCCCUCCUCGAUCCCGGUGGCUGGUGAAGCUCCAGGAGUCGAGCCUCGGCGACUUGCAGCUCCUCUGCCCCUUCUCGAAGCGGCGCGUCACUUACUUGCCCCGCAAUUUCCCCAAGGUAAUCGACUCCCUCGAAUCCAGGAUCGUGGAAAUCUGUAGGGAAUUCAGGAUCGAGUGCGCUACGUUGGGCAUCGCUCUCGGUGUAAGCAAAGUAGUGGUGUCCCCAGAUUGUGUAUGGACUGAUCUAGAUAAACUUGAGGUCUAUUCCAUCAGAGAGCAAGGGCGGUUAGGUUACUAGAAGUAUGGGGAUGAGAACUGGACCUAUUUGGAUGAUCAAAAUGGGUGUUCUUAUGAUGACAUCAUAGUGUAUGAAGGCAAAGUCUGUGUGGUUGAUCAGUCCGGGAUGGUUUCGCUGAUCGAUUCGUCAUUUAGGACUCUUCAAAAGUUGUCGCCAUCAAUCUACACCGGCGGUGGUGGCCACAGCAAUUGCAAAUAUUUGGUGGUGUCGGGUGGUGAUCUGUAUGUUGUGGAUAGAGAGAUUGAUGUAUAUACACUUGGUUUUAGAGUCUACAGAUUGGAUAGACGAUGUGGGGAAUGGGUGGAUGUAGUAAGCCUGGGCGACAUGGCUUUCUUUCUCGGUAAGCACUGUUCGUACGCCAUCUCUAUGCACGAGCUCGGUGGAUGCUACCCGAAUUGCAUCUACUUCAUGGAGAACACCGUUUACCCUUACUCGAGAGACAGAGUUAAUGUGUUUAGCUUGGAGGUUCGUAUCAUCGAGCCGCUGGACUUUUACCCCUUCCUAGUGAGCACAUGAGGCACCUUCAAUUUGACUCUAACCGAAAAUUGACGCCUUCCAGGUUCCAAGAGGACAUCAAUUAGACCAGCAUCAUAGUUUCUUUCCACAGCUCGGGUGUCAAGAAUUGCAGCUGUUCAUCCAUGGAUCGUUUUUGCCCCUCCUCUUGAAAUUGCACACCCAAGGGGUCACGGCAUAUGGUUCCCUAGAAAUUACUAGGUAGGAUGGCUCCAUAAAGUCAGAAACUCUCGACAUGGCGCACAGCAUGAAGUUAAUUCUUGACAUGGCGCACGAUACGUUAUAGCAACCCACCUCUUAAUGGCAAUUACAAUCUAUUACUUAUCAUGACAUUUUUUCAGGGAAAUUAUCCAAAAAGUCCAAAACAUAUUACACUUUUACUAAUUUAGUCUUGAAUAUUUUCACAUUUAAUCAAUUGAAUCUAUAUGGACAUUUUUAAUCAGAAAUCGCUGACAUAAAUGUUGUUCAGCGCUGU